CUUCAGCUCAGCUGCUCUUCUUGUGCCGCACACACACACACAGCGAGCUCGGAGCCGAUACCAUUUUAAAACGCCUGUCAAAGGAGAGGAAGAGGAGACGAGGAUGUGGACGACGCUUGACACUCGUCCUCGUUUAUAACCGUGUGUUUAUGCAGUGAACGCGUGUGUGUGUGUUUGGCUUUAUUCGUCUGUUUUCAUCGCCGCACCCACCGGGUUCAUUUUUUAUUUUUUUUAAUUAUCGUAGCUAACUGGGAGCUAACGCUAAAGCUGUGGGCAGCAGGUGUAACGUUAAUUUGAACAGCUAAGUCUCUCUAUUUAAAAAAUAAAUAUAUAUAUAUAUAUAUCCGUGGCAGACUGGCUCCCGGAUAUAUGCCACAUCUUCACCCAGCCUGUAGCUCAUUAAAUCGGUCAGCCUCGGUAACGUGCGGCGGUCAUCAUCAUCAUGACGGGGGAGAAGAUACGCACCAUGCGAAAGGAGCACCACCACAACAACGAAGCCAACAAAAAUGACGAGAUAAUGGACACGUACGACGACACCUCAAACGGGACCAUCUCUAACGGCACCGGGAACCAUUUCAAGUCCAACAAGGCUUUCCAGAAAUCGGUCAAAGCGUCGGUGCUGCAGCAGCAAAACGCAAACAACAUCAACGGCAACGGCACCGUCCAUGUCCACGACAACAACAAGAACCCGAUAAUCCUGACGAGCGACGACCUGGAGUUUCCUGUCCAUGAGUGUGUGUUCAAAGGAGACGUGCGCCGGCUGUCCUCUCUCAUCAGGACCCACAGCAUCUCUCAGAAAGAUGUGCACGGAAACACACCUCUUCACCUGGCCGUGAUGCUGGGCCACAAAGAAUGUGCUCUCCUGCUGCUGGCCCAUAACGCUCCCGUAAAGAUAAAGAACGCACAGGGAUGGAGCCCUCUAGCAGAAGCCAUCAGCUAUGGUGACAGGCAGAUGAUCACAGCAAUACUGCGGAAGUUAAAGCAGCAGUCCAGGGAGAGCGUGGAGGACAAGAGGCCAAAGUUACUGAAAGCUCUCAGGGAGCUUGGAGACUUUUAUCUGGAGCUGCAUUGGGACUUUCAGAGCUGGGUGCCUUUGUUGUCCCGGAUGCUUCCAUCUGAUGCUUGUAAAAUCUACAAGCAGGGAAUUAACAUCAGACUUGACACCACACUCAUCGACUUCACUGAUAUGAAAUGUCAGCGCGGAGAUCUUAGCUUCAUUUUCAACGGCGAUGCUGCACCCUCCCAGUCCUUUGUGGUCCUGGACAACGAAGCAAAAGUGUAUCAAAGAAUACACCACGAGGAGUCCGAGAUGGAGACCGAAGAAGAAGUGGACAUUCUCAUGAGCAGUGACGUCUACUCUGCAACUCUGUCCACCAAGUCCAUCACUUUUUCUCGCAGUCAGAUUGGCUGGCUGUUCAGAGAGGAUAAAACAGAGAGGGUUGGAAACUUCCUGGCUGACUUCUAUUCGGUGAACGGUUUGGUGCUGGAGUCACGGAAACGGCGAGAGCACUUAAGCGAGGAGGACAUCUUGAGGAACAAAGCCAUCAUGGAGAGCUUGAGUAAAGGAGGCAGCAUCAGUGAACAAAACUUUGAGCCUGCGAGAAGACAGUCCCUCACAGCUCCAGCUCCUAACACAAUUUCUUGGGAAGAGUAUAUCACUGCAGAGCAGGGAAAGCCGCCUCAUCUUGGGAGGGAGCUUGUGUGCAAGGAGAGCAAGAAGAACUUCAAAGCUACCGUAGCCAUGAGCCAGGAUUUCCCUCUAGGCAUAGAGUCGUUACUAAACGUGUUGGAGGUCAUAGCUCCGUUCAAGCAUUUCAACAAACUGCGGGAAUUUGUUCAGAUGAAACUUCCGCCCGGGUUUCCAGUCAAGCUCGACAUCCCCGUCUUCCCCACGAUCACAGCGACUGUCACGUUUCAGGAAUUCCGCUACGACGAAUUUGAUGAGUCUAUUUUCUUCAUCCCAGACGAAUACAAAGAAGAUCCCAGUCGCUUCCCCGACCUCUGACCUGUAAACUCGUCUGAAGCAAACAGGAAAUGACCAGCGAGCUUAUGUCGUGUUAAGGCGGUGGGAAAGAAAAAACCUGUUGUUUUUAUUCUCAUGUCCAUUUAAAAAAAAAAAAAAGAAAAAAAGGGAACUCAUCUAAUUGAUCAGUUAUUGAUCAUUUUGCUGAUGGAUCCAAAGUAAAUCAAUGCAAACAGAUGUUACAUCUUACUUAUAGAUGCAUAUUGGAAGUCGUUUAUUUUAUUUUGUUUUUUUUGUUUUUUUUUAAGUGAAAUGAGCGCUAGCUUUCAUCGUACUCGCUGUUCACCACCUGAGCAGCUAAAUCCUGCUGCUCUGUGCUGCUGUUCCCUCCUGUGAAAAGCUGUCAGAAGACGCAGUCUGGACUCUUCAUCAUCACUAUUUUAAUAUCUCCACCACCUCCCCCUCCCCAAGGACUGAUAAUUGAAUUGUCAUUCUUGAAACUGCACUGACACCGUCAUCUGUAAAUACUUCACGUCUCAUCUGCAAAUCAUAGCAACGAAAAAAAAAAAAAAAAGAAUCACAAAUAAUAGCUGUAUCCUUAAACUGAGCUUAAUAUUCAUUUAUAAAUGAUGUACUAUAUAUAAAUAUAUAUACUCAGAUGAGUAACACUGUGUAGCAAUACAUUUCCAGUACUUAAGAAUGUUUUUAACCAGCUGGGAGAAGGUUUAGCAUAAAAACACAUUCAGAUAUUCAAGCCUUUUCCCCUGUGCAGGACGCAGUCUCCUGUGUUUUCAGGUUCGCUCAUGUUACCUCUCGGCCCGUCUCCAUGUUCGUCGUGAUAGUAUGGAGUCUGUGCUCCGUGUGAGUGAAUAAUCGUACUGUAUCGAGGGUUGUCGUAUGUAUGUUUGUGUGUGGGAGAACCCAGAUGGGAUAUCAGGUAAACUAUUCUUAGUUUAAUACUGCACUGAUAUUAAGUAUAUUUAAGGCAUGCUAUGGCUGUGUUGGCCUACUGGAUCACAUGCAUCUUUAAGAUAUAUUCUCUGAACGUUUGUUACAUUACCUGCAGACCUAUUGAUAUUUAGAUUAAGGGAAGGACUGAAAAUUGUAACACUAACACUUUGAAAACACCUUUUAGUGCUUAUAAAAUCUCUCCUUGAUGAUCGUCUGCGCAUAUUUAUUUUUCCUUUUUUGUUUUGUUUUUGUUUUUGAAACCAAGGAGAGUAAACUAAGCUGUGAAGUCGAUAUUGCUGGAUAUCUCAAAGAAUAUCCAGAUGGGAAUUAAUCUGAUGAAUUGUGUCUGGCUUCAGCUAAUAUGUACUGCAACCAUACCUACUUCACAUCCCUUUAAAUAAAGCACCAGCAUCAUGUUUCAA